CCGUCACUGCCGCUUCCUCGGCGGGCGAUUCGUAGGUGGUGUCGGAGGCCGCUGCCGGUCCCUCGUCAGGCAGGCGGGACACGAUGGAGCUGUGCCCGGAGCUGGAGAACUCGCUGUCGCUGCUGGAGCCGGGCGGCGGCCGGCCCGAGCAGCAGCAGCGAGAGCGGCGGGCGGGCGCGGCCCCCAUGCCCAUGGUGUUCAUGUGCUCCGGCUGCAGGCGGCCCGUGGGCGACACCACGAGCUGGGUGGUCAAUGACGAGGAGAGCGGCUGCAUCCUGCUGCGCAGUGCGGCCGGCAGCGUCGCCGUGGACCCGGAGCGGAAGAUCUCCAAGCUCCCCGGCGAGUGCGGAUGCGUGGUAGAAACAUUGUUCUGCUCUGGCUGCUCGAGGACACUUGGCAGCAUCUACAGGUGCACCCCAAGGCAUCUCGACUACAAAAGAGAUUUGUUUUGUUUCAGUAUCGACUCUAUUGAAAGCUAUAUUUUAGGAAGCCCAGAGAAGCAAGCUGAUCUUCACGAGGAACCGCUUUCUCUUGAAAGUCGAGCUGUCUUGCAAGAGGUGCUGCAAAAGGUAGAUAUGAUACUGAAUGCUCUGGAGACAAGACUGACCACGAUUGAGUCCCGUGUGGCUACUCUGCACAGGCAGGUCUGAGAGGAAAUACAUCUUGAACUAUGGGAGAAAGGCAAACGUGAAACUUGGCCCUGUAAUCCUCUGGGAUCUGUGGGAACAUUUCAAAGGCUGUGAGAGAGCUGAAAGCCGUGGGUGGCCUGUCCUGUGGGGGAGCAGUGCUGACUGAGGCUGUCUCCCAGCCAAGGAGAUCCUCUUCUGUCCCUGAAGAUGAUACAACAGGGGUUUUCUUCUUAAUAAAGUCUUCUGACCAGUCCUGUAGACUUGUGGUUUAAUAGAAAGGUUUAUUUAAAUUUUUGUCUCUGAAACCAAAGCAUUUAUCUCCUGCCUUCCCUGCUAUUCAGUAUCUACUAAACUGGGUAUGCAUUUUCCUAAGCAAAUCAAAAACCUCCCUGUGAUUCCGUAAUUUCCAAAAGAACAGCAUGAAGUCACUUUUCUUUUUCUUGUCUCCAUAGCUUUAGCUUGAUUUGUGCUCAAAGACAGGAACGACUCAAUAACCAUAUGUGGUGAAUUGUUAGUUUGGUGGGGGGUUGUUGCAAGUUCAGGGCUAAAAUAUGUAAGAAAAGGCUUUUUUUGUGCUGGUGUUGAAGGUCAGUUGUUUUACAGCUCCAAAGGGAGGAAACUAAACCAGGCUGAUGGCGACACUCCUUUAAGCAAGGCUUGCUAUAUAUUUGAGCAAUUAAUUCAGCAGUUUUGUUGUGUUAAUGCUGGUAUUUCAGUUGUGUUUGGUUUUCUGGGCAUUUGACUAAUUCAGUGUUUCUCAUACAGUAUGAGUGUUGCACCUAGUGUUUUUCAAUAAAAGCAAGCAGUUGUGGUAUAAAGCAAGAAUAAUCUCCAAAAGUGAUUCAGGUUUUGGUUUUGUUUUGUUUUUUUUCCUUUGUUACCCAACACUACUUGGCUUUACUACUGUGAGCUUUAAAAAGUUUUCUCCAAAAACUCUGAAUUAAUUUCCUCAUUCUACCCCAUUGGUAGGCACUGCUUCUCUUGGAAAAGCUUCUGCCCUCCACCUUCACUGCCCUGUUUUGAAGUAGUGCUCCAGUUCAGCCUGUUGUCAUGGGUCUUACAUCCUUUUCUGUACAGGUAACUGAAACAUUUUGUUAUUGACAGACCUGCCAGAGGAGCUUCCAUUACUGCAGUGUCAUUUGUGGGGCAGUUUCUGCUCUAACAAGUUUUUGAAUGCUGCUUAAGAGCAAUAGACCUCAUUCUGGAUGUCUGAAGGUGAGAGAAAAGAUGGUUGCAUCCUGGGAGCCUGAUUUUGGAAUGUUUUAUGGAAUUGGAUGAAUAGCUUUUUCUUCUAAGGUUUCUGUAGUCUGUCCAUGGCAGGUCCAGCCUGUGCUUCAACUUGGAGCCCUUAGUCUGCAGGGAAAUUAACCUUUGGGGAAGUUCUUACAGCUCUGCUUAAUGAUUUAUGAAUUAUGCUGAUUUUCUGGAAGUAGGCUGUCCGUUCCGACCCAUUUUCUUCUCUCUCCCUGAAGACUGUACCUGCUGAAAGGCUGAGGUGAGACCAAGAUAUCUGACUGUGUCUUCCUGAGGCUGAAGCCUCAGUGUUUACAGUCAAUGAUGAAAUAGUGGAAGAUGCUAAAGACUGAAAACUUUGGGAUUUUUGCCUUGAAUCCCCAGAUUCUCUCUGCAGCUGUGCCCUGUAUAUCUCUUAAAAGAGUUUCUGGGUUUAGAAAGGUUUUUACAUUCUGCAAUAUUUACCUAUAACUCAAUUAAAAAGAAUCCUACUAUA